AUGGCUGAUCAACAGGAAGAAGAGGUUAAUAGGUUAGAGAAUGUCACUCUCAACAUUGCUGUGGCAGGGGAGAAUGGGGCAGGAAAGUCCUCCUUCGUUAAUGCCGUCAGAGAUCUUAAAGAUACUGAUGAAGGAGCUGCACCCACUGGAGUCACAGAAACCACCAUGGAGCCCACCAUGUACCCCCACCCAACCCUGCCCAAUGUGAACUUAUGGGACCUGCCAGGUGUAGGGGGCCCAGAUUUCAAAGCAGAAAACUACAUGACAGAUGUCAAAUACCAAAACUUCGACUUCUUUAUCAUAGUAAGUGCAGGAAGAUUCAUGGAAAAUGACAGCAUGCUGGCAAAUAAAAUCAAGGAAAAUAACAAGAAUGUCUACUUUGUUCGCACAAAGAUUGACUUUGAUGUUACACAAGAAGAGAAAAAGGGAGUAACAGAGGAGGCAACACUUCAGAAAAUAAGGAACAACUGUCAUGAAAAUCUCAGAACAUUGGGACCCCCUCCUGUCUUCCUCAUUACAUCCAGUAACCUGGAAAGGUUUGACUUCCCGGAACUAGUAAAUACUCUGGAGAGAAACCUUCCAAAUAACAAGAGAGAUGCUCUGGUUAUGAGUUUGCCUGUUUAUUCCCAGCAGUGUCUUGACCAAAAAUACAAUACAUUCAAGAAAGCAGUAUGGGCUGUGGCCAUCACAUCAGGUGCCAUAGCGGCAGCCCCAGUACCAGGGCUAUCAACUGCAUGUGAUAUUGCCAUGAUAGCGUCUUUCCUAACCAAAUGCUACUAUUCAUUUGGUCUCAAUGAUAAAGCCCUUGAAAGGUUGUCUCAGAGAGUAAACAAGCCAAUAUUGGCAAUGGUUAGAGGAUCAGCACUUGUCAGGGCGAUUGCUGAAGAAUCAUCACUUGCAACAAAAGUGGCAGCAAGACUUGGGGCAGCAGGUGUAAUUGAGACACUGUGCAUCUUUGUGCCUUUUGCUGGCAAUAUAGCUGCAGCUGGAAUAUCGUUUGUUACCACACGAUCUGUGCUCCUAGAAGGGGUGAAUGAACUGUAUAGUGUAGCCAAAAGGGUGAUUGAAAUGGCAGAAAUAAACUGA